AUGGCCCUAGUGCCUUCUCCCCCGCGCGACAAAUAUCCGCCCCUGCCAGACGACAAAUUUCCCUGGAAGGAGCCCCCAGCCGUCGCAAUCACGCCCUGCGACCCAUGGCCACCGCCAUACUACCUCGAAGAUGGCCUACGCAAAGUAAAACCCUAUCACUUCACAUACAACACAUUCUGCAAGGAAAGAUGGCGGGGAAGAGAAAUUCUCGACAUUUUCGCUAGCGAGUUCCGCGACCGGCCAGCCGAGUACUACAAGCAGGCCAUAAUAGAGGGGCGCGUGGUUCUCAAUGGACAGCCAGUACCGAGCACCAAGACCAUAGUGAAGAAUGGCGAUGUCAUUUCGCAUACCCUCCACCGACACGAGCCUCCGUGUACCGCCCAACCCAUCGGUAUCGUCCACGAGGAUGACAACAUGAUCGUCAUCAACAAGCCCGCGGGCAUGCCAGUACAUCCCGCCGGUCGCUACAACUUCAACUCUAUCAUCGAGAUUAUGAGGGCAGACCGUGGAUAUGGCUGGAACCCGUUGCCGUGCAACCGGCUGGAUAGGUUAACUAGUGGUAUCAUGUUCAUUGGCAAGCACAAGCAGGCAGCAGAGGAAUUGAGUGCACAGAUCAGGGGGAGGACGGUCAAGAAGGAGUACAUCACGCGAGUCGUGGGUGAGUUCCCAGAAGGAGAGAUUCUCUGUGAAAAGCCUAUUCUGCAGAUUAGUCCGAAGCUCGGCCUGAACCGUGUGCGUGCAAACGGCAAGGAAGCAAAGACGGUCUUCAAGAGGCUGGCAUACUACCCACCAAAAGACGAUGGAAAUACAAGCCAAGGGAAAGACGGAGAUGCAGGCCCCAAUGGCCAGCCAUGGAAGAAGCUCCGCGGCUACUCCAUCGUGCGUUGCAUGCCAGUAACAGGCCGCACCCACCAACUGCGCGUCCAUCUCCAGUUCCUCGGCCAUCCCAUAUCAAACGACCCCAUAUACGCCAACCAGCGCGUUUUUGGCCCCGCCCUCGGCCGCGGUCAAUCCGAAGACGAAGACGACGAAGAUAUCAUGUCUCGCCUCUCGCGCAUGGGCAAGGAGGAAGUUGCAGACGCAGUCGCAUACCACGACGAGAUGGUCGAUGCCUACAACAAGCGGAAAGCCGAACGUAUGACGGGAGAAAAAUGCGAGGUUUGCGAUACCGACUUGUAUAGCGACCCAGGUGUGCAUGAGUUGGGUAUCUAUCUGCAUGCACGCAGAUACAGGUGUGAAGAAGGGAAGUGGGACUAUGAGACUGGCUUGCCCGACUGGGCAUUGCCGCCACCUGGAUAUGAAGGGCCUACUGAAAGUACGGAGGAGUCUGAUCCGUUGGCUGUGGAUCUGAAAAAGCUGGGUUUGGAGGACCAACCAAACACAGAGGCACAUAUGAACGGCUCCAAGGAGGCAAAUCCAGCAGCUGUAUCAGAGGAACCGACUACUGCCAAUGCGACCGUUUGA